AUGGAGACUAAAAUCGCGAGGACACCGCCGGCGAUCGGCGGUUACGACAGGCUCAGCUUCUUGCCGGACGAAGUCAUCUCUCACAUCCUUUCUUUCCUUGAAACCAAGUACGCCGUCGGCACCGCAGUUCUCAGCCGACGGUGGGGAGAUCUUUGGACUAGGGUUUCCAGCCUCGACCUCGACAGCCGCUUGGUUUACAAGACACUCGACGAAUCGCUGCUACUGGAACCUCUUACAGAUAUUAGAAAGAGGAGAUACUUUCAAUUUAGAAGCUUCGUCGACAAGGUACUGAACCAGCACAAGAAUCUCGAUUCUCUUAGGCACUUCCGCUUGCAUGUUUUAGUGGAUUAUCAUCCCGAGAUGGUGAUCGCUGAAGUUAGGGUUUAA